AUGUCUACUUCAAAUCAGAACUCUCAAAACACAAAUAUUCCACAGGAAGAAAGCUCUGAGUUACCUGCUACCAGACAAGGAUAUGUUCUGCCUGAAGGGAAAAUCAUGCCAAAUACCAUUUUUGUGGGUGGAAUAGAUAUAAGGAUGGAUGAGACAGAAAUUUGGAGCUUUUUUACACAAUAUGGCACAGUUAAAGAAGUGAAAAUAAUCACUGACAGAACUGGUGUAUCUAAAGGAUAUGGAUUUGUAUCAUUUUUGGACAACGUAGAUGUAUAGAAAAUAGUAGAAUCACAAAUAAACUUUCAUGGAAAGAAGGUCAAAUUGGGACCUGCAAUAAGGAAACACCCAAACUUAUGUGCCUAUCAUAUGCCACCCAGGCCAAUGCUUAUUAAUUCCCCUAGACCUCAGUUCCAUAGUGUUUGGAGUAAACAGGAAACAUAUAUGCAGUCUCCAGCUGUGAUGAGUCCUGUCACACAAUAUGUUCAGGCCUAUCCUUAA